AUGAAUAUUAAUGAUUUUUUUAAUAAUAUUUCAGAAGUAGAUGAAAAUUUUACUUAUAUUCCAGAUAAAAUUGCUAUAGAACUAGCAAGACAAUUAAAUACCAGUAAGAAUAAUAGCAGUAAUGAAGAAAAUAUAGAAUCUGGAACAGUUUCUUUAAUAACAAAAAUUGCAAAUUCAAAUGAUAUAAAUUUAAAAAAUAAGGCAUUAUCUUUAAUUGCUCCAACAUUGCAAAUUUUAGAAAAACAUGAAACAAUAGAUUCUAUUACAAUUCCAAGUUUUUUUACAAUACAAACCAUUUUUAAAUUUUAUCAAAUAAAUUUAAAUAAUGAAGAAGCGGAUUGGAGUUCUGAAAAAUGCUAUAAUUUUGAUAAACAAAUAGCAAAUCUUUUAUUAAAAAAUAGAAAACAAAUUGAAUCUCAAAAAUUACAUUUAGAAGAACCAAAAUCUUCACUUGAAUUUUAUGAAGCACUUCCUUUUCAAUUAAUUCAAUUUUUUGAAAAUAUGAUCCAAACACUUCUUGAAAGAUUAUAUAAUCAAACAAAUGAAAGACAACAACAAC